AUGAUGAUGACCGUUUUGAUAAUUGAGGAUCCUGGCAGGUCAAUCGAUGUUUACUUAAGGCCGCUGGUUGAUGAGCUGAAUGAUUUAGGGACAAACGGUGUUCGCACAUACGAUAAAUCAACUGGGAAGAUGUUCACUUUGCGGGCAGCAGUUAUGUGGACUGUGAAUGAUUUUCCAGCAUAUGUAAUGGUUUCUAGGUGGAGCACAAAGGGUUAUAUGGCAUGUCCUAGAUGGUUGUCAUGGGACCAUGAGUGGAGGGAAAAAGAUAAAGAGUUCGACGGGAACAUAGAGCGUCGCCUCAGACCUAGAGAAUGGUCCGAUGAUGAGAUCUUGGAACAGCUUAACCAUUUGGAUUUUGCUACGUUCGGGAAAACAGUUAGUCGGACCAGAUCUUCUACACAUAUGAACUGGACGCAUAAGCCUAUGUUUUUUGAGCUCCCAUAUUGGUCGAAACUCAAAUUGAGGCACAAUCUAGAUGUGAUGCAUGUCGAGAAAAAUGUAUUCAACACAUUUGUUGGCACGAUUCUAGAUAUCGAGGGCAAGACAAAGGACACGAUCAAAGCUCGUCUUGAUUUGGAAAGAAUGGGCAUACGAAGGGGUUUGUGGAUGAAUAGGGACAGUGAUAAAGUAGAAGGGAUCUUGCAUUCUUUUCUAUGA